AUGGCAGGCGGCUGCGCCCCGCGUGUCCUGAGCACCCGCCACCUGCUGCUGCUGCUGCUGCUGCUGGCCACCCUGCCCCUGGCAACCCGGGGGAUCAGUCGAGGCGCGGCAGCCUGGACCCAGGAGAAGAAUUAUCACCAACCAGCCGUUCUGAACUCAUCAUCUCUUAAGCAAGUUGCAGGAGGCACCAGCAUUUCUGGAAUGUGGCAAAAUGACUUACGACCCCUGCUGAUAGAGCGAUACCCAGGAUCCCCUGGGAGCUAUGCUGUUCGUCAGCACAUCAUGCAGAGAAUUCAGAGACUUCAAGCUGACUGGGUCUUGGAAGUAGACACUUUCUUGGGUCAGACACCCUAUGGGUACCGGUCUUUCUCAAAUAUCAUCAGCACCCUCAAUCCCACUGCUAAACGACACUUGGUCCUCGCCUGUCACUACGACUCCAAGUUUUUUCCUCAUUGGGACAACAGGGUGUUCGUGGGAGCCACUGACUCAGCCGUGCCGUGUGCGAUGAUGUUGGAACUUGCUCGUGCCUUGGACAAACAACUCCUUUCCUUGAAGAAUGUUUCCAAGCCAGACCUGUCACUCCAGCUGAUUUUCUUCGACGGGGAAGAGGCUUUCCUUCACUGGUCUCCCCAGGACUCUCUGUAUGGGUCCCGUCACUUAGCUACGAAGAUGGCAUCGACCCCCCACCCCCCUGGAGCGAGGGACACCAACCAACUUCACGGCAUGGAUUUAUUAGUCUUAUUAGACUUAAUUGGAGCACCAAACCCAACAUUUCCUAAUCUUUUCCCCAACUCUGCCAGAUGGUUUUACAGACUUCAAGCAAUUGAACAUGAACUCCAUGGAUUAGGUUUGCUCAAGGACCAUUCUUUGGAGAGGCAAUAUUUCCAGAAUCACGGUUAUAGAGGUGUGAUUCAGGAUGACCAUAUUCCAUUUUUAAGAAAAGGUGUUCCAAUUUUGCAUCUGGUAGCAUUUCCUUUCCCUGAAGUCUGGCAUACCAUGGAUGACAAUGAAGAAAAUUUGGAUGAAGCAACCAUUGACAAUCUCAACAAAAUCAUACAAGUCUUUGUGUUGGAAUAUCUGCAUUUGUAAUAUUCUCAGUUAGUUAUGGUAAUUGCACCUACUAGUGGAUUUGAAAGUCAAGGUACAAUUUAAAAUACAUAAUCUGACUCCAGAUCAAUGCUGUGUGGACAUUUCUAUCCCAGGGAUUCAUUGUGUAGGUAGCUUUGAAUAUGUAAUUAAUAAAUACUAGAUUUACAUUAUGUCUUUAA